AAUUGUUCAGUGCGUCUCGGUGUGAGCUGAGGCUGGACGUUAUAGAGAGCUCGCUAACAGAUUGUUCAGGAGUCUAGUUAUUAUCCGCGAAAAUCGAGUUUAUUCUUUAUUGUUUUGAUUUGUGAAGAGUGUGGAGAUGUUGAGGGCGGUUGUGCUGGCGAUCCUGUGCUGCGUUCAUGCGGAGUCUGGAACAAGAACCCACUCCCUGCGGUAUUUCUUCACGGGGGUCUCAGAGGGGACGGGGUUCCCUGAGUUCACUAUAGUGGGGCUGGUGGACGAUGUGCAGCAUGUGCACUACGACAGUGUCACCAAGAAGAUGAGACCCACACAGGACUGGAUGGAGAGAUCUGAGGGGCCGGAGUACUGGGAGGGACAGACCCAGAUUGCCGUUGGUGAUCAGCAGAAUUUCAAAGCCAAUAUUGGAGUCGCAAUGCAGCGCUUCAACCAGACUGGAGGAGUUCACACUGUCCAGAGGAUGUACGGCUGUGAGCUGGAUGAUGACGGGACCAAGCGGGGGUUUUUUCAGGACGGGUUUGAUGGGAAGGAUUUCAUCAGCUUCGAUAAGGACACCCUGACCUGGAUCGCCCCUGUGAUGCAGGCUGUCAUCACUAAACACAAGUGGGAUGCUGACAGAGCCAGGAAUCAGAUAUAUAAGGCCUAUUUUGAGACGGAGUGUAUCGAGUGGCUGCAGAAGUACGUCCGGUACGGGAAGGAGACUCUGGAGAGGAGAGUUACUCCUGCAGUGACUCUGCACCCGAGGAAAGCUCGUGGAUCUGCAGACACGGAGGUCCUGUGUCAUGUGACAGGGUUCUUCCCCCGCGCUGUGGAGGUGACCUGGGUCAGAGACGGGUGGGAUCAGCUGGACGAGGGGGUGCAGAGUGGGGAGGUGCUUCCCAACCAGGACGGGACCUACCAGCUGAGAAAGAUCCUGACAGUGAGCCCUGAGGAGCAGAAGGGACACAGCUACUCCUGCCAGGUGGACCACGCCAGCUUCACUGAGAGACAGAACUACAUCUGGGAUCCCAACAUGAGGAGUAGCGAUGGCGGCCCCCCUAUUGGGAUCAUUGCUGGAGUCAUAGUGGGUGUACUGGCUCUGGCUGCAGUGAUCAUUGGAGUGGUGAUCUGGAAGAAGAGACAAGGAGGUGCCCAGAAGAACUACACCCCAGCUCGAACCAAUGAAGGUUCCGACACUUCCUCUGACACCGCCGCUCAUGCCUGAGGAGUGUGACUCCACUGCAGAGAGAAUCAGCGACUCUGCAGAGAUUUCAUCUUUUACAAUCCUUCAUACGCAAUACUGCUUUAUAGUUUGAUUUGAUUCCACACAUUGCAACUGUACAAACCAGUAGACAAGGAACCUGCCUCAAAAUCAACUGAGUGAAUCAGCAAACAACACAAAUGAUACAAUGAGAGGAACAAGAACAUGCAUUUCUACAACAUGAUAUUAUAAUGGGAUACAGCAAGACAACCCAUUUAACAAGGAGCUGUCGUAUCCAUGCACGGCUAUUGUAGAAACACUAACACUCACUAGUGUCUUGAUAAUGAAUUAAUAAAUUACAUUAGUAAAUUGUUCUUGUGAAAUGUUUGUCAAAGUACAGUCAAUUCUCAUUGAAACAAACAGUACUGUAACUUCAAUACAAACUCACAGGAUGCAUUUGGCUUUAGACCCCUGAUAAUCAGAGUUACUGAUGAGACACAUUGUUUCGCUGGUCCCUUGUUUGUUUUGAUGAGAGUUGACUGUCUUCUCUUUUAGCAUUGCUGCAUGUAUCCUGUUUAAGGCAGACACUGAGUCCGAGUGAGUCAGUGCCUUCGCUUCAGUUUGAAAUGUUGCAGUUCCCUUGUCUACUGGUCCGGCUUUGUUUAUUUACCAUGUUGAUGUUUUUCUCAAUCAGAAUGUGCUUUUGAUAAUACUGUAGAUAGUUUAAGAGUGUCUCUUAAUGAUGCUCAUCACUGCUAGGUAGGUUUAGGGGUAGGAGGAGAGGAGAGGAGAGGGAGGGUUGAGAGAGGAGAGGACAGGGAGGGGUGAGAGAGGAGAGGAGAGGGAGGGGUUAGGGUUUGCAUCUCCUGAUUGUCGUACACGCGUGUGGUUGAAUGUGACUGAUUUCUGUAAAUCGCUUUCAUUGAAAUGCUUGAGUUGUUCAUAUUAUUAUACACAUAGAUUUUUUGUGAGGGGAUAAGUUUAAUUUUCAAGGCUUUUCUUUUUUUAGUAAUAAGGUUUCAGUCUCUUAUUGAGUGCAGUGCCAUUCCAGUGGGGAAGCAGCCUCCUUAUGAUAAGAUAUCCCGGGGGACCAGGUGGGGCAGACAGACAGACAGACAGGGGCUGCUUCACCAGCCUCUCAUUCCUGCCUUUCACCUGCAGAGGGCUUUAAAUUGGAGGUUAAAUCCAGCUGCCCCGUGUGUGUGAUGAUCCCAGCUAGUCCACCCGCAGUGGAGCACAGAACACAAUCCAGCCGUGUCAGUCAGUCUGUGCUUGAGAGAGGCCCAGGACUGAAUGAGAGGGAGGUGGGGGGGGGGGGGGUUCCUGGGUCAGGAUUGAGGGUGUCUCUCUCCACAGAGCCUGCUAGCGCUCUGUUAAAAUGCAUUGAAAAAUUGUAAUCUGAGGCACUUAAAUGAUUGGAAUAAAACUAUUGAGACUGCA